CGCCUCGUCCUCAAUGCCUCUCUGAGCAGCAUCUAGCGAGCGAGCGGGAGAAGGCGAGAGAGAGGCAAAAGAGAAGAUGAGGAUAAUUUGCAGACAGCUUGUCUUGUUGUUUUCUGGCUUUUGGGGACUAGCAAUGGGAGCUUUUCCUAGCAGCGUGCAAAUAGGUGGUCUCUUCAUCAGAAACACAGAUCAGGAAUAUACUGCUUUUCGAUUAGCAAUUUUUCUUCAUAACACCAGCCCCAAUGCCUCCGAAGCACCUUUUAAUUUGGUUCCUCAUGUAGACAACAUUGAAACAGCUAACAGCUUCGCUGUAACAAAUGCCUAUUAUAAUUAAGUGAAUUUCCUACAUUUCGAUCACCUCGGGGUCCUUAGCAGUGGCUGAAACACAUGCUGAAUAGUGCUUGGUCUCGGAGAGCAGCAGAGCAUCAUUUCUAUUUAACUUCACGUAUGUCAGGCUGAUAAGGAGGAAUUUAUUUUAUUACAUAAGACAGUGGGAUACAGUGUGGCAAAGCUGAGGGCUGUUAGGAACGUCACGUUCGUGUUUCAGAAUUCAGUUCUAUGGGUUUUCCUCUGUGGCCUUUAAGUUUUUGAACCCUUUCUCUUCAUUCAGGAACAAAUUGCCUCUGGAUGUAGAUGCCCUGAGCGGCAUUGCUUAUUGAGUUUAAAAUAGAAAUGAGCUGGAGAAGGUCUUCCUGUCCACUGUGCCUUUAAAAUAUGUUCUGUGUUUCUCCCCAGCUUCUCACAGCCAUCUUUUAAUAUGUAAACAUGCCAUGCACUGUGCAGUUCUCAUAUAUAAUUUAUUGAAUGUGCACUAAAUUUAUUUAUAUGAGUCUUCAGUACUAUAAGUUUCAGAUGACCUUGCCACCUUAUUUAGCAGAAAAAGCUUCAGAGCUGCCAAAAUGGCUCCAUUCAUUUCAGGCAGGAAAGACUGAUGUCCCAUUAAGUGUGAAUUUUAUAUUAAGCAAUGUAUUAGUUGUGUUUAGCAUGAAAAUCAAUAUCAAAUUCCAUGAGAAGAAAGCAUUUCAGAAGGGCUUUUGAAACUGGGAGGCAUCAGAUGUGUGCAGGUGUAGUUCAUUGAGAAAACAUUACAAUGCGUGUCAAGUUUGCAGGCGCCGAUUACAUAUUCCGUGAAGACAAAUGACAGAGGGGCUUUUUUUAAACUUCAGUUUUUAGUGAAGGAGGAAGGGACUAAAAAUAUUGCAUAUUGAAAUCAGUAGUUCUAGAUAAAGUCAAUUAUCUUAGAUUCUGCCUACCCAUCUACUUCUGCCAAAUAAUUUCAGAAGCAAUUGUUACUUUUUGGAUUAAGGGUAUUGUGGAGAAUUUCCACUGGAGCGCUAGUGAAUUAAUUCUGAUUUGCAUACAUUUAAGAUUAUCUAAAGUUGAACCACUUCUGUGUGUCAGACUUCAGUGCCUUAGAUUCAAACAAGGGUUGUCCGAAACUUUCCCUAAUUUCAAUGAUCCACAGCAGAUUCUUCUCUUGUUCCAACCACCUCAGGUUAUUUCAGCUUGAGCAUCUUAACUGAGGAAAACCUGUCCCCUUCUAUUUGCUACAAUCUAUAGAAACAGUGAUUCAUAACCUUGUUAUUUUUUUUCGUUAAAGUGAACCCAUUUUUAUUUCUAAAGAAUUUAAUGACUCAGAAAUGAUAAUCUGUACAGUAAACGGGGAGGCAGAGAAAGAAAGAGAAUAAAUGUAUAUGUUUAUAUAUGUGUAUACUACUAUAAUUCUGUAAUUAUAUUAAAUAGACAUAACCCUAUAGGCCUCUUCAGCUCUGUGCUUCCCACUUAAACCGACAAGUAUUUUUAGUCCAACUUUGUGUUUACUUUACAUUUUGUAGACUCGUUUUAAUAAUCUGUUUCUCAUUUUUCAUAUAAUACUGAAGAAUAUAUUUUAAAUAACAAGUGUUCUACUAAUGAAACACAGGCAAAGUGACUGACAAGUGAAUAAACAUAUCACGUGUCCCUUAAGCUAAAUAUGAGCAGAAUCCUGCAAAAAUCAAUUGUCUGAUAGCUGGAGGACACUGACUUCCAUGUGAUUGAAUUUCCUGGCUUGACAGAGGCUUCUAAAGCACAGAUGUGUGAGGUUUUCUAAUCUAAUUAAAGAAGCCCCACCAUCAGCUCAGAAUUAAAUGAUUUCAUGGCAAUAUAAAAUGAUAACUCUUUCCUGAACCACUGUUAAACAGUGGCUUUGGACCUUGUUGUUUGUAUAGAAAAAUUCCUCUGUGCACACGUCUCCAGGUACAAAGUACAAAAGCAUUAGAGCUGCUGGGCUGAACUGAAUAUUCAUGUGAGUUCAUGCAUGAAGGUCUAAGACAUGACUACUUACCUCUGGAUCUGUUUCCAUGUGCACAGAGGUUACUUGUGAAGAUUCAAGGCCUGGCUCGUUGGAUGUGUUAGGGACCCUAUACAGACAAUUUCAAAGGAUUAUGGAGGGUAUGUUGGUGGGUAACCCACUGCAAUGUUGGAAAACUGUGGAGUAUUUUUUCAUUAAA